GCGGCUCUUUCGAUUGACAUUUGAGAAGUUCAGCUGCGUUGUGACGACUCAUAAUCCAGCUUUCCCCUUCAACGUUUGGCGGACGUCUGGCUGUUGUACUUCUUGUUUUUUGCCGGAUCUACUCCGUCGCGUUCUCAAAACAACAACGACAAAAGGAAAGAAACGAGACGAUGUCUUCGACCAAUGUGUUGCAGCUGCUGCAGCUCGCCUACCACGGCGGCAAGGAGGAGCGCACCCGCGCCACGGCCGAGUUAGAGGCGGUCAUGCAGAACCCAACUGCUGCCCCCGCCUGUGUUCUCGUGCUGCUCCGUGCUGGCGUUGACCCGUCGCUCCCGGCCGAGCAAAGCCUCUCCGCGCUGCUCUACGCCAAAAACGCGUUGCUGCACACCAUCGGCGACGACGUCGUGAUCAACACCCCAAACUUCCUCACCGAUAUGGAGACGGUGGUGUUCACGGGCAUGUUUACUGUGGCCGAGACGCAUCGACGCGUCCUGCGGGCGUGCAUCAUGACGCUCAUUAGUGGGUUCGAGUGGAACUACCUGAGCGACUUGAUGCCGUGUAUUGAGCGCGACGUGAGCAACGUGCCGCUGGAGACGUCCCUCGCUGCCCUGGAGCUGCUCUAUACGUACGUGAAGCGGUUCAAAACACCGGGCCUCGUGCCGAUGCCGUUGAAGCUGGAGGUAUGUGCGGUGCUGAUCCGCAAGCUCCCCGAGUACACCGCGUACACGGACAUGCGUGUGUUUCGUCUUGUGUUUAAACUGUCGGAGUGCGUCGCAGAGACGGGCCUGCAGCUGACGAACAGCAAAGACAUGAACGCCACGGCUCUGGACGGGCUCUUCCAACUCAUGCUGGCCUUUCCCCAGCAGCACUACGAAGCCGCCCACGCCGCCGGUGGCAGGGCAUAUCUCGAGUACGUGAAGUGUAUGAAGCGCAUAGCCAUGGUGACCUACUCCGUCAUGAACGACGCCACCCGCCGCAAGAAGCCCGCACCGGUCGCGCGGCAUUUCCUGAAGAUGCACGGCGCUGCCUUUCUCGCCACCUGGCGGCAGUGGCUGCAGUUCUGUGUCUCCGCGGCGGACCGCCACACGCACCAGAAGAGCGAGAUGUUUGCCAUCCGCUACGUGAAGCUGUGCACUCUGGAUGAGACCCUCUACACCAAGCAGCUCCGUCCACAGGCGAUGGAAAUUGUGGAGCAGCUCCUCUUUCCCUAUCUCUGCUUUAACGAGGAAGACGAGGAGGUCUUCGCCGAUGACGGCGACCUCGCGGAUUACGUGCAGUACAUGAUGGAGGAGGGCUUCGGCAACGCGGAGCUGUCCACCCGGCAGGCCGCCUCGAACACAAUCCUCGCUCUCCUCGGCACCAAGAAGAAGUUCCACGACACCACGGCGCUGCUGCAGGCGCUGGUCGGCGUCCUCACGCACGGCUUCGAGACCGCCGACGUCACGACCGCGGCCGGCAACGCGCUGCUCUUCGGUUUCCUUCAUCUGCUGUCGAUCCUGCGCAAGUUCUUAAAGGAGGUGCCGGAAAUUUGGCAGGGGCAGAUGGCGCAGGUGCUCAUGCGGUACGUGGCGCCGUGCCUGCAGCCCACCAUCCCCUCCGUCGGCGUGCGCUGCAAGGCGGUGGUCGUCUGCCAGCGGUACAGCAAGGUGCCAAUGCCGACAGAGAGCGACUUCGCCUCCUUUAUGCAGAUGAUGUGCGGUGUCGUCCAAGACCGCGAGGUGCGAGUGCGACUGGCCGGCAUUGACGCGAUGUGCACGCUGUUGGAGAUGAAGCGGGCCCGCCCUUACCUCGGUCCCAUCCUCGUCCCCCUCGUGGAGGAGUGUCUGUGCUUUCUGAGCAAGGUGCAGACGACGUUCGUGCCGGCGGUCAUUCUGCACCUCGCCACCCACUUCGCGCCGGAGCUGACCCCCGUCAUGGGCAAGCUGGGCCACACCUUGGUGCAGCACCUGCUCGCGACGAUGCACGACAUGGAUCAGCAAGAGGCGAGCGACGGCGCCGCGUUGGGGGAUGAGGCGGCGGCGGUGGACCUCAGCCAGUACGAGCAGGCCGCCUUCAGUGCGGAUGCCUUGUUGGAUGCCAUCUUCACCGUCGUGACCAGCUGCGGUGAGAACGAGGCGGCAUUUCUCGAGAUGCGGCCGGAUGUGCUCCGCCUCGUGCGUCACGUGCUGGAGCAGCCCGACAACUUCGACAUGAUGGAGAAGACGCUCUCCAUCUUUCUGCACGUGGUGUAUUUCUCCAAGCCGAUCCCGCAGGAGUGCUGGGAUCUGCUGCCGCUGCUUUUUCGCCUCGUGGAGUCGGGCAUCGGGGUCGACUUCUUCGUCUCCAUUGAGGAGGUGCUAGACAACGUCGUGUCGGGUGCGCCGGUCGAGUUUCUCAGCAACACUGCGUUGAUGAACGCGACGUACGCCAUGUGCGAGAAGAUGCUGAUUGGGGGUGUCGCAUGCAUGCCGGAGUGUCAGAUGGCACCGGCGCAGCUCAUCGAGGCGAUGCUGCACACGGCGAAGUCCAUCACGGCGCCACCGGGCCUCUUCCACCCUUACCUGCCCAAGUUUGUCGGUCUCCUCCUGCAGUCACUGCUGAACCCGGACAUCCAAAGCGGUGAUGUGCGCAUUCGCAUCUGGGUUAUUGCGGCCUUGAUGGACUGCUUCUACUACGAUGCCGCCGCCACCUUCGGUGUGAUGCUGCAGGCGAACGCCUAUCCGAGCUUCUUCGAUGGACUGCUGUACUUCUUUCGCGGUUGCUGGCAAGACGGCCCGAGUGCGGAGUCCGCCGCCAGCGGUAGCGGCAGCACCACCGCCGCCGCUGCUGUCGGCCGGAAGAAGAAGACGAAGAAGGAUGACUCGGGCGAGGCGCUGGAGAACUUAUCGCUGCUGACCCGCAAGGUGCUCAUUCUCGGGCUGUCCUCCCUCCUCGCGUACGCUACAGACCCGAGCGUGCCAGCCGCCUCCGCACCGCCACAGCAGCAGCAGCAGCGGGAGGCGUUUCUCGCGUCGUACCAGGCCCCCCUCACCCGUGUGAUUCAGUACUGCAUCUUCACGAAUGAGGCGACGUACGGUCCCCGCUGCACCGUGUCGGAGGCACACCUGCAGCGAAUCGUGGCGGGCGUCGAGGACGAAAUUGAAGAUUACGAAGUCAGCGACGAGGCGGUAUUAGGCGUAGACGGCGGCGACGAUACCAUCGAGGCCUAUCAAGACUUGUCAGGGGAGGAAGACGGUGCGGACGAUGGUGCCGGGGUGAGCGCGGAGGUGGCGGCGGCGCGCGCCGAGCUCGACCUCGAUGAAGGUGACGACUACGAGAGCCCCAUCGACGACAUCAACGAGGUGGAAUUCUUUUUAAGUUGGGUGCGCAUACUUCCGCAGCUGCCGCCGUCGGUGCAGGCGCAGGCGCAGGCGGUACUGCGGCCGGAGGGUGACUACGUCCGCGCCUCGCACACCGCCGCGCGAUACAGGGAGCUGAGCAAGGCGCUCGAGGUCGCCAUGAGGGACGACUUUCACGCGCGCACGGAGGCGUUGCACGCGGCGUGA